AUGGAUAUGGACAUGAACAAUGAUUUGGAGAAGCGGAUUUCGGAUGCCUUCUGUGUGUUUGACCAUCACGGCGACAAGUUCAUAGAUGUACGCGAGGUGGGGACGGUUCUCCGGCUGCUGGGCUGUGUGCCCACCGAGGAGGAGGUCAAUGAGGUCAUCUCGGCCACCGAGUCGGAGGAGACCAGCGGUGAGGUGCAUUUGACCAAAUUUCUGCCACAUGUCUCGCAGUUGCUAAUGGAACGCAAAAUGGAGCCUGCACCGCCGGAGAAAAUCCUGCAGGCCUUCAAGAUCCUGGAUCCCGAGAACAAGGGCUAUCUCACCAAGGAGACCUUCGGCAAGCUGAUGAUGGAGGAGGGUGAACCGUUCACCCAAGAGGAAAUGGACGAAAUGUGGCCGGUGGCCAUCGAUCCCAUUAGCGGGCACAUACCCUACGAGUUCUACUUGAAUCAGCUAAUGGUUUAUCUGUGAAUCCUUCUAAUGGCAGGAUUACUCUGGGAAAGUCUAUAUAAAUGCAAAUAA